CAAUCUACUGCGUCGUUAUCUUGCCCACUGUUUCUCUCAUCAGGUAUCUUCUACAAUCUUCUUGAUUUGCUUUCUUUCCUCUGAAACGAAUUGGUUGCCUUCACAUGCCACCAACAACUCUUUGCUUCUUUCUCUCCUUCCAAAACAUCUUCCCUCCGCUUGCUCCGAUGUUUCUUCUUCUUCUGAGAAUCAUCAACCUCCACCAACUCCUACCCUAAAGGGGUCGUCUUUUUCAAUGUUGAGAACGACAGCUUGGGAUACACACGCAAAUAGACGGUCCAAGAAGUUUAUUAGGCUUUAAUUUCGUUUAUGUGGGUUGGGCUGCCAUUGAUGAGCCUAACCGACAGGUAUUUGUUUCCACUCAGAUUCCUUGAACAAUCUGGAAAAGGUAGUGCAGAAGGUUGCUCCGAGUUCAUAAGUAAUGGGCAUGAAAUCCGGGAAGAAAGUGGGAAUGGUCACAACUAUUCUUGGGUCUCAUGGGGUUGGGCUAAUUACGCUUCAGGAAGCUUUCAAAGGGUCAGGGAAUUUAGUGAUCAAAGGAGAAGAAGAAGAUGUUGUCGCAGGAUGAUGAGAACAAAACAUUAUUGUAUAAUAUGGUCAUUAAGAAUUAUUCCCAGGCAUUUAUCAAAACUUGAAAUAUUGAAGCAUAAUGGAAAGGGAUCCAAAAGCAUAAUCCAUUACAAAGAGGCUGAAGGUUUUUUCUGGAUCAAUAUAAACAUCCAGGAAGCACAUUUAACAGAUCAUUUGAGUAAUGUUGAUUGUUGUUGGUUCACUGUUGCAAAAGGUGGUCAUCUCCUUGGCAACAGAUUAAUGGUUAUCAGAAGUGGAGAGUUCCAAGAACAAUAUAGUGUUGAGGAUGUUUGCUUUUUCGAAGUUGUUCACCUUCAAUUGAUUUCAACACGGAAGAAAGAGAGAGGAAAAUCGAAGAAUUUGCAUCCUUAUAGAGUUACCAAGAGGUUGAUAGUUCAAACGUCGGUAUUAAAAAAUAAAUAAAUAUUAACUAAAAUGGAAGUAUUAAAAAAGUUGGAAACUAUGGUGGCGGGUGCUCAGAAUGUGAAUGGGGUUGCAGUCGGUGGACUUGAAGAGUAUUUCGGUAAUUCGAGGUUUUGUUCUCAGGUUACUAAUGGUUAUGGCAAUGGAAUGGAAUCACAAAAGAGCAUUUCAAUCUCUACAAUCAUGGAUUCCAUUCCGGUUUCAUGUAAAUACACUAUAAUAUUAUUAUUUUUUUGCUUCUCAUUCCCGCCUUCAUAUAUAUUGAUGCAAAUAUAGAGU